AUGGCGUCGGAAUAUAAGGAUUCCUCUGGUAGAAUUAGGUGUCCGUGUGUUAGAUGCAAAAACAAUAGGCUUGAAACUUUACCUAUGGUGAAAGCACACGUAUUCGAUUGGGGUUUUCAUCGAGGUUACGAGAAGUGGAUAUAUCACGGUGAAACAGAAGCAGAUGUUGCCAAUGUGGUGGACGCCAACGAUGAUGAUGUUGAUGAGAUGAUUCCGAUGGUCGAAGACUUCCUUCUACCUACAACCGAAGAAGUUGAAAAUAAUCCUGCGGCGGGACAAUUUUAUGACGAUCUGUUUGACGAGAUAGAGGCUGAGUUAUAUCCUGGUUGUAAUUGGAUAUCUUCUCUUAACUUUUUAGCAAAAUUAUUGCAUUUGAAAGUUAGAGGCAAGAUUCCGAAUAAAAUCUUCGAUGAAUUACUGAAAUUACUAAAGCUUGCAUUUUCGAAGGGAAAUAAAAUUCCAUCAACCUACUACGAGGCUAAAAAUAGAUUACAGAAAUUAGGGUUAGGGUACGAGUCAAUUCAUGUAUGUGAACAUGACUGUUGUUUGUUUUACAAAGAGCAUUCAACUAAAGAGACUUGUCCAAUUUGCGGAAGUAGUAGAUGGAUUUCUCCUGAAAAAACUGAUGGGAAAAAGGUACCACAUAAGGUGAUGCGUUACUUUCCAUUGACUCCUCGAUUAAAAAGACUGUACAGUUCAAGACUUACAGCGAAGCAAAUGUUAUGGCACUAUACUGGGAAAUCAAAAGACGAUGGGAUAAUGAGACACCCAGUGGAUGGGUUAGCGUGGAAGGAUUUCGAUGCUAAACAUCCUGAUUUUGCUAGUGAACCUCGGAAUGUUCGUUUAGGUUUAGCUGCAGAUGGUUUCAAUCCGUUUGGCAACAUGAGUCAAGCAUAUAGUAUGUGGCCUGUGGUGUUGGCUAACUACAAUCUUCCACCUUGGAUGUGUAUGAAAGAUAAUAAUUUCAUAUUAUCCAUUCUUAUUCCUGGACCAAAAUCACCGGGAAAGGACAUGGAUAUAUUCUUGAGACCAUUGGUGGAUGAGUUAAAGGAGUUGUGGGUUAAUGGUGUCGAUACAAGAGACAGUAUAACCAACACUAUGUUCAAGUUGCGUGCAGCCUUAUUGUGGACAGUUAACGAUUUUCCUGCUCGUAGCUAUUUAUCUGGAUGGAGUGGUCAGGGAUACAAAGCUUGUCCGACGUGUAAUGAAGACACAACUUCUGUUCGAGUAAUCGGUAAGACAUCCUACAUUGGUCACAGAAGAUUCCUUCCAAGUAACCAUUUUUACGAGAAGAGACACUCAGUUUGA